AUGGCUUUCCUGGAGACGCUGAGUUUUUGCCAGACUCUUCUUGUAGUCACCCUUCUGGUUGUUCCAGUGUUGUAUCUAACGGUUAAGCCGUUUAAAUAUUAUUUUAAACUAGUAGUCUACUUUGCCAUGGUACUAAUCAUCGGCUUGGGGACGAUUAUUUAUGGAAUCCCCCGGCCACGGAACCCGAAAAACCAUUUCUUUGUAUCAUUCUGGGUGAAGAAGUUCUUGAGCCCACUGUUGGGCGUGGAAGUGAUCAUACGUGGUCAAGAAAAUCUGGACACAGACCAGCCUGUCAUUAUUGUGCUGAAUCAUCAGAGCUCUCUUGACAUGCUUCCAUUGUUUGCCAUGUGGCCAGAUAACUGUGUUAUCCUGGCAAAGAAAGAGUUAAUAUGGAGUUCCGGAACAUUUGGACUUGGAGCCUGGAUGUGUGGGACCAUCUAUAUCAAUCGAGUAAACAGACAGAGCGCAAUAAAAACCCUUGAUGGCACAAGCAGUCUUGUAAAAAGCAAAAAGCUGAAAGUGAUAUUCUUCCCAGAAGGCACUCGCAACCAUAAUGGCUCUAUGUUGCCAUUCAAGAAAGGGGCCUUCCAUCUGGCUGUUGAGGCUCAGGUCCCAGUUGUUCCAGUUGUAGUGUCAUCCUACAAUAAUUUUUACAACAAAAAAGAGAAAAGGUUUGAUGAAGGUAAAGUGAUUGUAGAAAUUCUACCACCGAUUCCAACCACGGGCCUCACAGCCGAAGAUGUGACCCCAUUCUCUGAGAAAACUAGGGAUCUAAUGCUUGAACACUUUGAACGAAUCAACAGUGAAGUUAAAACUCUUUGA